GUGAUGGCGGAAUGCAAAUUCCCGUACAACCUUAUCAACGCAAGCUUUCUUCAAUAGACGCCCAAAUAUUUAUUUUACAGUUUGCCGCAUACCCGGGAAGAUUUUGCAUUCUGAUUUUGCAAUAGAUAUAUUAUCUUCUGUGGGAUAAUUGCGCCCCUUUUCUUAUCGGCCCUCUGCUACCAUUGCUACUGUUGGAUUUACCCCUCGGUCACUGCGCAAAAGAUGCUCGACACCUUUGAGAUUGUCACGACUUCGGGCGUGGUGCUGUGGUCUCGCACUUAUGCUCCCGUCAAUCCCUCUGUCAUCAAUGACUUUAUUUCGGAUACAUUUAUCGAAGAGAAAGAUGGUAGCGCUGCCAUCCGCGACUCCCAGUCUGCUUCGGCGAACCCGAUCUACAAGACCGAUACACACACACUGCGAUGGACACUAAACAAAGAGUUGGGCGUCAUCUUUGUUGUCGUCUACCGCUCGCUGCUUCACCUCUCGUGGGUUGACAAGCUCGUCGACAACAUCCGCACCAUCUUUGUCCAACUCUACGGCGAACAAUUAAAGAAACCCCAUACCACGCUUGUCGAAUCGGCCGGCUUUGACGACUACUUUGACCAACAGCUGCGCGAACUCGAUACGACAUCAGGACAAUCGGCCGGAAACGCCGCAAGGAAACCCGACGAUACACCAGCAGAGCCAAAAGCCGACCCCUUUGACUAUGACUCGCCGGAUGUCGACUCGGGAACAAACUCGCCCGUUCCUGGGCUCAAGGGAUCGCGGCCAACAACCCCUGCUGGCAAAGUCUCCAGACGAGCCCGCAAGGCAAUGAACAAUAGCAGACCGGGCUCGCCGGCCGAGGACCCCAAGAAGAAGAAUGCCAAGCCAACCAAGAAGAACCGUAAAUGGGACGCGGACGGUAUGGCGGACGAGGAGGAUGAUGUGCAGCUCGACUACUCGAUGCAGGCUGAUGGCGAGGAGGCGCCCCGAAGCGGUGCAGUAGAAGAGGUGGAUGCUUCCACUUGGGGAACGUCCUCCAAAGGCAAAUUUGUCCUGCGCGAUCUGGGCGACGAGGUCCACGAUAUUCUGGCAUCCGCAUCCGCUGAUAAGGCCAACGCUCGCAGCGCGCCCAAGUCUGGCUUCCUCGGCUCAGGUGUCAACGCCAUCAGUGGCAUUUUCCGCAACGUGGUUGGUGGCAAGACACUGAGCAAGGCAGACCUCGACAAGGCGAUGAAGGAGAUGGAAGAGCAUCUGCUGCGCAAAAAUGUCGCCCGCGAGGCCGCCGUCCGUCUAUGCGAGGGUGUAUCAAAGGAGCUCGUCGGCACCAAGACGGGCAACUUUGAAGGCAUCAACGCCAAGAUCCAGUCUGCCAUGGAAGCCUCUUUGACCAAGAUGCUUACACCGACAUCUUCGCUCGACCUUCUUCGCGAGAUUGACGCCAUCACCUCUCCUCCCGUCACCUCGAUGCGCCAGCGCCGCCCAUACGUCAUGUCCAUUGUGGGCGUUAACGGUGUUGGCAAGUCGACCAACCUGUCCAAGAUUUGCUUCUUCCUUCUCCAGAACAAAUACAAGGUUCUCAUUGCCGCCGGUGACACGUUCCGUUCCGGUGCAGUCGAGCAGCUUGCCGUCCACGUCCGCAACCUGAAGGAGCUGACAGAGCGAGAGGGCGGCCAAGUCGAUCUGUACCAGAAGGGCUACGGCAAGGACGCUGCGACGGUGGCCAAAGAUGCUGUCGCGCAUGCCGCGCAGUCAGGUUAUGACGUUGUUCUUAUUGAUACUGCUGGCCGCCGCCACAACGACCAGCGCCUCAUGUCGUCGCUGGAGAAGUUUGCUAAGUUUGCGCAGCCCGACAAGAUCAUCAUGGUUGGCGAGGCGCUUGUUGGCACCGACUCGGUGGCCCAGGCGCGCAACUUUAACGAUGCCUUUGGUUCGGGUCGCACGCUGGAUGGCUUCCUCAUCUCCAAGUGCGAUACUGUCGGCGACAUGGUUGGCACGCUGGUCAGUCUGGUGCAUGCGACGAAUGUGCCCGUGCUGUUUGUCGGUGUUGGACAGCAUUAUUCGGAUCUGCGCAACUUUUCUGUCAAGUGGGCAGUGGAGAAGCUGCUGGCCGGCAAUUAACAGGAGAAGAGUUUAGUAUAGAUAUAAUAAUAACAAUCAUGAUUCCAAUGGACGUCUCGUCACAACCUGUAGCAUGAUUACCAC